AUGGCUGGCUUCGAGGACGGCGACACCAAGAAGGGUGCCAACCUCUUCAAGACCCGGUGCGCGCAGUGCCACAACCUGAAGGAGGGUGAGGGCAACAAGAUUGGCCCCAACCUACACGGUCUCUUCGGUCGCAAGACCGGUCAAGUGGAAGGCUUCUCGUACACAGACGCAAACAAGCAGAAGGGCAUCACAUGGGAGGAGAAAACUCUGUUCGAGUACCUUGAGAACCCUAAGAAGUACAUCCCGGGCACGAAGAUGGCCUUCGGCGGUCUCAAGAAGGCCAAGGACCGAAACGACCUAAUCACCUUCCUCCGCGAGGAGACCAGCAAAUAG